GAACCAGUAGAUUAUUGAGGUCGUAAUAUACGGGUGAAUACUGAAAAGCAGCAAAAAUGUAGCAGCAAAUGUGUGUGUGUGUGUGUGUGUCUUAAAGUCACUAUAGUUUCAAUUACGACUUCAAAGCAACGCCCCCUUGAAUGACCUUAUAUAUAGAGCAGGACGCUAUAUGUCUAAUAUAAUCUAACAUGUGAGUAUUUUUACUUCUCAUUAAUCUGUUUCGUUACACCUAUAACAGGAAGGUUACUUUGAGUAAACACUAAAACCUCUUGGUGUGUAGGUCAUUGGAUGAGCGGAAUUCUGACUAGUUGCGACGAUUGGUGAAGAAACAAAUAUUGGUGAAUCGACAAGCUAAAACAGGAACCGCUAGUGGGAAGAUUGCCUGUCGACUUUUCUCUAUUGGAUUAGUAGGAAGCAGGCUCUGUUGUAAACGGGAGAUUUUAUUGGUCGCCUUGCACUUUCGGGUAUACUGACAUAUCACCCCGGAACUCCUCAGGGAGUCUAUACGAGCUUGUUCAUAUAAGCCGGGCGAAUUGAUAGUAAAUUAUAUAGUGUUAUUCUGCUCGAUAAACUCGCGGUUUUCUCGGCUUGUGGUAAGUAUUCGGGAAAAUUCAGUGAGCGAGCCAUGGUAGACUCCCGCUCGAUAUUGAAAAUUCCAGGACGGCCCAGGAAUCACCUGUGCAGCACUUGCGAGAAGCUGAACCUAGGAUGGAGGUUCGCCAGCGAAACAAGUGAACAGUCCAUCGGUAACCUUUCCCAGUACAGCGAUCCCGGAUGCCCUUUCUGCGUCAUCAUUUCCAAGGCCAUUAAGAGCACAUGGGGAACCGACUCAGCUCCCAAUAAGAUUUCGGGUCGGCUUUUUAUUCAGAGUCGAAGUGCAUUAUCCGUCAAGGAAAACGGUCAUAUCCAUCAUCCACAGCCUAGGCUACUUCUCGCGAUUGAUAAGAAACCCGAUGGUUUCAAUAUCAACAGAGUUCCGCUCAGGCAGAUCGACAGGAUAAAAAAUCGAUAUAUAAUCGCCGAAAUAGAACGGUUCCCAAGCGAAUCGGAGCCGAACUAUCUACCUCGACUGGAAGUCGGGACUAAGCUUAACAUUCCGCUCCUACAAAGUUGGCUCGAGGAAUGCCGAAAACAUGAGCAUUCGAAAAUGGCUACGCGACGAGGGGGUCGUGGCCUAUUCCAGCCUGAGCAUCCCUUUCGCCUUAUCGACGUGAAUCAGGAGUGCCUAGUGCGGAAAGACACGGUAUGCGACUACGUGGCGCUGUCUUACGUCUGGGGUCGACGUACUACUCUCCUAUUCCCCGGCGAGGACGAGAAAGAAAUACCUAUUCUCCUAAGCCUGCGAGAGAAUGUCAACGAGCUGAGCAUUCCAAAGGGACUAUCCAGUUCGAGGCCGGAGACACGGAAGAUGGGAAGGAUACCCUUGACAAUUCGCGACGCUAUAGAAUUCACUCGACAGAUAGGGAUGCAAUAUUUAUGGGUGGAUACGUUGUGCAUCGUACAAGACGACCCCGAAGAUAAAGCUCAACUGAUAGGGCGGAUGGACGACGUUUAUGAUUGUGCUGCUGUAACCAUUAUUGCCGCAGCAGGUGGCGAUGCGGAUGCCGGGUUAAGGGGAGUUAGUCCACGCGCGGGUCAUCCCCUCAACCCGACGAAGAUCGCCGACAAAUCAGACGAGAGCGUUCUCGAGAUAUCGCCUUGCUUGCGAUCGCUAUGCGAAGAAGUGCGAGGCGCGACUUGGAAUACGCGAGGUUGGGUAUUCCAGGAGCAGUCGCUGUCGCAGCGCUGUCUUUACUUCACAGCCGAGGAGGUCUUUUUCAAUUGCAGCGAGGCGCAGCGGAGAGAAGGAUACGACUACGCACCGAAAAAGCACGCGCAUGUUGACGUCGGAAUUAGGACUGGACCGCCGUGGUGGACGAGGAGUCUCAGGAAGGAUCUUGACCCUACGCCGUAUCAUUAUCUAGGGGAUGUGGGUGGCAAAUUAGACAUACAGGCUUACCAGACGGCGGUUCAGGAGUACAGCCGAAAGAGCCUGACAUUCCCGAGCGACAUACUGAACGCGUUUGAAGGUGUUUUCAAUAGGUUCAACGGCGGUAGGGACUCUUCGGGGCUAACUAUUCGUCAAACGCAAGGGAUACCUCCUCAUCUGCUAUACCAAGCGCUCCUCUGGUUUCCCUAUGGCCAAUCCGUGAAGCGCUUAUGCCAAUCCGAACAGGCGGGUGAUCAGUUCUCAACGUGGUCAUGGGUAUACUGGACCGGUCCUAUGGAAUUCGCCUUCGCCGAUAGUCUUUGGUUAUCCAGAAACAUUUCCCAAGCCCCCAUUAAGCGAGUACCACUCUACACGCCAAUUAUAUGCUGGUACUACGGGGGUUCCAAAAAGCAAUUCUGGACCAGAGAUAUCUGGAAGACUACCUGUGAGAUUCAGGACUAUAGAACUAAAAAGACCACCGAAGAAUUCAGACGCACUAAGUCCUUCAUUGAUGGCAUUGGCAUAAGCACCGAGAUACUGCUCGAUUGGUCACGAAAUAAACAACCUCCCGACCUGAACUGCGGUGAGCUUGGAUUUGUUGGGUCUUACUUAGACGCGGGGCAGUUCGAAAUAAAAGCUAGAAAAGAGGAGCACGUCAAGAUCUUGAAGGUGUCCUGUCACGAAGGCCAAUUUAGGUUUGAUAGCGACGUAAAGACAGUUGACGAACUUGUUGUCAUCGUUACUGCCAACACUAUUACCAAGCCACCCGAUACGCAGUCGAUUCUAUUAGGCCUCACCACACGGGACGGUGUAUCGAGGAGAGUUGGUAUAGGAUACAUAUACUACUCCCGGGACGAAGAUAUUGUCAGACCGGAGUGGAAAUAUAGGUUCUUUAGGAUUCAGUGAGCGGUGCCAUGCCGCUGUCUAUAGCGUACUAACAGUAGCAAUUGACAAUAAGAACUAAUACCCGU